UGUGAGCGCGCGCGAGGGGGGCGGCAGCAAGGAGGCUCCCGGUGCCACCGCGGCGGCCGAGCCACACGGGCGGCGGGCACGGCGGGGUCGCAUCUGCCGGCGCUGCGAGGCCGCGAACAAAGACCAGCCGCCGAGGCGCGAGAACAUAUUUCUAACCAAAGAUGGGACAGUGCAGCUUGGAGACUUUGGAAUUGCUCGAGUUCUUAAUAGUACUGUAGAACUGGCUCGAACUUGCAUAGGGACUCCAUAUUACCUGUCUCCUGAAAUCUGCGAAAACAAGUGACAUCUGGGCUUUGGGCUGUGUCCUCUAUGAGUUGUGUACACUUAAACACGCAUUUGAAGCUGGGAACAUGAAAAACCUGGUACUGAAGAUAAUAUCUGGAUCCUUUCCUCCUGUAUCCCUGCACUAUUCCUAUGAUCUCCGCAGUUUGCUCUCCCAGCUAUUUAAAAGGAAUCCUAGGGAUAGACCAUCAGUCAACUCCAUAUUGGAGAAGGGUUUUAUAGCUAAACGAAUCGAAAAGUUUCUCUCACCUCAGCUUAUUGCAGAAGAAUUUUGUCUAAAAACAUUUUCAAAAUUGGGACCACAGCCUCUACCAGGUAAAAGACCAGCAUCAGGGCAAAGUGCCAGUUCUCUUGUCCCUGCUCAAAAAAUCACAAAGCCUGCUGCUAAAUAUGGAGUGCCUUUAACAUAUAAGAAGUAUGAAGAUAAAAAGUUAGUUGAAAAAAAAUCACCCCCAAAACAUAAACAGUUGCUGGUGAAGGUAAGGAGCUCAGAUAUUUCUCUACCUUUGGAGCAUCAAGAAACGGGGGGUUCUCCAUCAAAGCAGCAAAUGAGACCUGUUAUUUCUGUGACUUCGGCUUUGAAAGAAGUGGGCCUGGAUGGAAAUUUAACUGAAACCCAAGAAACUUCAGAAGAAAUGCAAAAGAGCAGCAAUGUUGUUUCAAGCAAGCGAGAAAAACUGCGUAGGCUAAAUGAGAAUCUUAAAGCUCAGGAAGAUGAAAAGGAGAAUCACCAUCACUCAGAUUCUUGUGAGGUCGCUGGUCACAAGGAUGCCAAGGAGUAUGAGAAAGAAAAUGCCAUUUCCUCUGAUCGCAAGAAGUGGGAGGUCGGAGGUCAGCUUGUGAUUCCUCUGGAUGAAGUGACACUGGAUACAUCCUUCUCUGCCUCUGAAAGAAUCAUGGUCUUCGUUGUCUCCUUACCAUCUUCUCACAGGAAUCAUGGCCUUCAUUGUCUCCUUACCGUCUUCUAA